UGUUUAUUUGGUGGUUUAGGUAUUGGAUUCAUCCUUUUUUAACUUUUUGUUUGGAAUAGUUACUUGUAGUACUUGUUUAUCAGUGAGUCUUCUCGCAUUUAUGGUUUUCCUUGCUUUGAUUGUCUUUGGAAUUGCUCCGCCGGUCCUGCUUGUUGUAUCUCUGUUUCGUUUUUAGUUGGUUGAAAUUUUGCAUUGUGUUUCUGUUCAAUUGCAGCCACGUAUCGAAAUCUCUGCACUCCACUGAUUUUUUCCCCAUCCUUUUACUUUAUAGAGAUUUUGCUUGAAAUUUUUGGCAGGUUGCUCACAUUAAACUCUCUUUCUUUUCCUUUUUUUCCUUAAAUACGCGGCUGAUCCAUAUUUGUUUAUUCAAAUAGAUACUUAUAUCGUAUCAGGUGCUAAAUUUUACCUUUUAUUUUGUUCCGGAGGAGCUUCAGGCGGAUCUGCCAACAAAGGCAGGUUUAGCUUGUUUGAUACUGUUGAUACUUGCCAAAUGCAUGCAUGCUGGGAAACUAUGGAGCAAGCGGAAGAGCUUGGGAAAGGAAGCUCAUUUCAAAAAGCGGCUAUUGAGUCGUCCCAUGUCAGUAAUGGUUUGAAUCGCACAAGAGUUCUGUUAUUGGAAGAAAAUUCACCCUCAAGUUUAUUAGGAUAUGAAAAUUAUGAUGAUAACAGUGUUGAAUGUGUUGACUGUUACAAUGUUUCCCCUGAACCAGCUCAGUCUGAAGUAGUUGAUAAUGAUGCUAACAACAUAAAAGAUGCUUACAACGGCAGUAAGCCAUCAUAUUGUGUGAGUAUUGAAGCAGAUCCUCUUAUUUGGUUACCACCUGAACCGGAAGAUAUAAGUAAUGUUACUGACAGUGUUACCAAUGUUGUUGAUGGGGAUAAAGAUUAUAAUGAUGAUACCAGAUGGGGUCAACUUAGUUCCUUAAGUAACCUUGAUGAAGAGCAAGGAAACAUAGUUAACCAUAAAGACGAACAUCAAAAGUUAAUGAUGGAAGUCAUAAAUGGGCAGCUCAAACUUCUUGUUAGUCGAUGUCUUGCUUCGGAGGGCAUAAGAUUCGUUGAUGAUGAUUCUUGUCAGAACUGGCUGAACAUUGUGACUUCUUUAUCCUGGGAAGCUGCAUUGCUUGUUAAGCCCGAUGAUGGUGAAGGUAGAGCUAUGGACCCUUGUUCUUAUGUAAAGGUGAAAUGUAUUGCAUCAGGUUCUCGAAGCCAAAGUCAAGUGAUAAAGGGCCUUGUUUUCAAGAAGAGCGCUGCACACAAGCACAUGCCUACUAGUUUCAAAAAUGCCAGGCUCCUAUUGCUCAAGGGAUUUCUGGGCAAUUCAGCAAAUGGAUUGUCAUCAUUUGAAUCAAUGGGGAAGGAAAAGGACCAUUUGAAGUUCACCAUUGACAUGAUCGAGAAUUUCCAUCCAAAUGUGAUUUUGGUUGAGAAAACUGUUUCUCGUGAUGUACAAGAGGCUGUUUUUUCAAUGGGAAUUACCCUGGUAUUUGAUAUGAAGCUCCCACGUUUGGAGAGAAUUGCUCUUUGUACCGGCUCUCAGAUUUUUUCACUUCACGAGAUGACAGUGAGACAAAACCUAAUGCAUUGUGAUUCUUUCCACUUUGAAAAGCUUGUAGACGAACACAAUUCCAUUGGAGAUGCUGGUAAAAAGCUGGCCAAAACUUUAAUGUUUUUAGAGGGUUUUCCUAGACCUUUAGGUUGCACGAUAUUGCUGAAAGGUGCAAAUAGUGAUGAGCUGAAGAAGAUCAAACAUGCUUUGCAAUAUACGGUCUUUGCUGCAUAUCAUUUAAAAAUUGAAACUUCUUUUUUUGCUGAUCAGAAGGCAUUUUUCUCUUCCAUGUCUUGCUCAAGGGAGGACAAAGUUAUUUCUGUAGAUCAAAUGGUGACAACAGUUAACUCUAUUGAUUCUCUGAAUUCAAAUUUGAUGGAUCAUAAAGAUUCUUUGGCCUGUGCUGCUCGUGUAAAUGUUGUAGAUAUUCCCAUUUUUAAUGUUUCGAUGAUGAAAUCUUUCAACGAAGAGCAGUCUAAUUCCAACGAGUGUGCUGAAGGAUCAUUGAUGUUGCUUGGGUCCAACUUUGAAUCUUCUCGUGAUAAUAUCAUGCCUAGAACUGACAAUGGUGAUAUCCUUCUUGGAGAAAGCCUCCCAGCUUUAACAUUAGAGUCCAUUUCAGCGUAUGUUGAACUGAAAGAGACUGAACAUGACAAUGAUAGUAGGGCUGUGUUUUCUCCAUUGGUGGAAACCCUUGACUAUGAAAAUUUUUUUAGCAAAGAUCUUCAUGAAAAACUAGGUUUUGAUUUCCACAUCGGUGGAGAGGCUGGCCUUGUCUCAGAUCUCACGCAAAUUACUGAAAUUCAGAUUGAUGAAAAUACUGAAGUAAAAUUAAAGAGUAAGAAUGAUAUUGAGUUCACAUUAGAUCCUGAAAGUAUAUUGGUACUUGCAUCUAGGCAAUGCAUACCGAAACAGAUUGCUUGUGAGGAGAGCCGUCUUACUCGUAUCAAAUACUAUGGGAAUCUUGAUGUGUCUCUUGGACGAUAUCUGCAAGAUAUUUUGCUCAGCCAGAAAUAUACUUGCUCCUCAUGCGGUGAACGUUCAGAAGCUCACAUCUAUAGAUUUACCCACCAGAAUGGUAAUCUUACUGCUACAGUCAGGCUUCUUCCAAAAGAAUCGAUAUUGCUUGGUGAAGCGGAAGGUAAAAUCUGGAUGUGGACUCGGUGUUUAAAGUGCGAUCAUGAUAGGAGAGGUCCAAAAGCUAGUCGGAGGGUUACGAUGUCUUCUGUGGCCCGUGGACUUUCCUUUGGCAAGUUUUUAGAUCUAAGUUUUGCUGAUCACUCUGCAGCUAACCGUUUAUCCAGAUGUGGACAUUUGUUGCAUAAGGACUGCCUUCGAUUUUUUGGAUUGGGAUCUAAAGUUGCAAUGUUUCGAUAUUCCUCAGUAGAAAUAUAUACUGCAUGCAAGCCACAACCGUUAUUAGAGUUCUAUAAUCAGAAUGGAGAAGAUUGGAUUAGGAAAGAAGCAAAAGAUGUUCUUGAAAAGGUUGAUCUCCUUUACAGAGAUGUUGCUAAUGUGCUACUAUAUUUGAAAUCUUAUUUUGCAAGCUCAAUACAAAAGAAGUCUAUCAAAUUUUCAGGGCCAAUGAAACCAAUUUACGAAUUAGAAAAUAUGCUUAAAGAAGAUAAAACUGCAUUUGAGGCUUCUCUGGAGGAGGCUGUUAGUCACGGUGUGCAUCAAGGGAAAAAUGUGAACAAGAUUAUUCUUGAUUUAAAUUGGCUAAUCGAAGAGCUGAUUUUAUUGCUUUAUGUUUGGGAUUGUCGUUUACAUUUCCUGGUGCAGCAUCUGGGAGAUUUUUCUGUUGAUGUAAGAAGUGUGCAUCUGCUCCAGAUUCCUGUAAUUGUUGGGGAAUCCUAUUUAGCUGAUGGAAAUCAACAUGCUGGAAAUUAUGGGAUUUUGGAAAAUGAACUAAAAAUUGAAUCUGCUCGGUUUUCUGGAGAGCUUGCGCCUGUUUCUUCUGAUCCCCUCCUUUUAGUUGAGGGUAACUUGCUUGGAGAAGGUUUUCCAGAAUUGACUUCUGUAGAGCAUUCUGAAAUGGCCACUGAGCGUGAUGUUAUUGGUGAACUAAGCAAUCUCUCUUUAAAUGAUUUUAAGGAAGAAUCUAUUCCUAUAUUGGAUCAUGUUAUUGAUGAGGAAUCUGAUCCAGAUUCAAUUGUACCCUUCAAUUAUACUGAAGAAACACGUGGACCAGAGCAGAGAACCAAGGAAAGUUGCAGCGGUAAUGAAAAUCCUGCUGCAUUUCAGCACAAUAAUUCUGAUGCAGAAGAUAAAAAACAAUGGAUAUGGAAUCCUUUUUCUGAACUACGGAAGGCCUACAGGAAAGAUCUCCAUGGAGGUUCCUUACAUAAAUUUCAGUUUAUUAGUGUCUAUACUCCAGUGCAUUUAUCUGGAGUGCGCAAGCUCAUUACUCCAAAAUGUUCAUUACACUUUGCAGUGGGCUUAGGUGGCAAUGUUUUGUCUCUUGUUGAUGAUGAGAUAUCUAGUAUUAUUUCCUGUGCUUUAGCAUUAUACAAAGACCAGUGUGGCCUGAUGGAUGUCAUAAAUGAAAAGGAAGCAAAUGAAAAGCUGGAUCAAGCAACUGAUGCUUCAUUUAGGUCUCAUAGUUCAUUAGCUUUGUCUCGAUCUCAUUUGGAGUCUGAAGCUUCAUGCUCGUCAUUAGCAGAUGAUCAUUACUUCUCAACUUCUGAUGCUUCAUUAUUUGUUGAUCAAUUGAUUACUUCAGAUAAUUUACAUCCUGAAAUUACUUUGGGUUAUGAAAAUAUUUCUGGAAAAAGUAAAUACUCAGUUAUUUGUAUAUAUGCAAGGGAAUUUUUUUCUCUUCGAAAAAAGUGUUGUCCUUCAGAGUUGGCUUACAUAUCCUCCCUUAAUCGUUGCAAGAAGUGGGAUGCUCAGGGAGGAAAGAGCAAAGUGUUCUUUGCAAAGACUAUGGAUGACAGAUUUAUCAUAAAACAAAUAAAAAAAACAGAGCUUGAUUCUUUUUUGAAGUUUGGACCUCAAUAUUUUAAAUAUCUAUUUUUUUCUCUAGACUCAGGGAACCAAACAUGCCUAGCAAAAAUACUAGGAAUAUAUCAGGUUAGGCAAUUCCGAAAUGGUAAAGAAGUUAAAACUGAUCUCAUGGUUAUGGAAAAUUUACUCUUUGGGAGAAAUAUUUCAUGCAAGUAUGAUCUCAAAGGUGCUAUUUUUUCCAGAUACAUUUCUAAUGCAAAUGAUUCGGAUAAAAUUCUUUUAGAUGGAAACUUUAUUGAGGACAUGCGUAUGUCUCCAAUAUAUGUUGGCAAAAAAACUAAACAUUUAUUGCAAAGAGCUAUUUGGAAUGAUACCUUUUUCCUCACUUCAAUUAAUGUCAUGGAUUAUUCUUUGCUUGUGGGUGUGGAUAGAGAACAUCGCGAGCUUGUAUUUGGUAUUAUAGAUUAUGUGAGGCAGUACACCUGGGACAAACAGCUUGAAACCUGGGUAAAAGCUUCUCUAGUUGUUCCUAAGAAUGCAUUGCCAACUGUUAUUUCCCCAAAGGAGUACAAAAAAAGAUUUAGAAAGUUCAUGUCUAAAUAUUUCCUGACCGUUCCGGAUACAUGGAGCUGCACACAGUAUUCUGGCUCGGAUAAAUCUCUUCUCAGCAAUGACGCUUGCUCGCCCACAUUAUACGAUGAAAAUGACCAGGAUAAACCAAUUGAAGCGUUUGCUUGAUAUCCUUGUGGGCUGAUCAGCCGCAUAUCCUGUUACAAGAUUUGCCCUGACAGUUACUGCAUAUAGCUCCUGCAUUAUAUGAUCCCAAAUAUUGCGAUUUUUAAAGCAAUUUUGGACUAGAUGUAUCUAAAUGUAUUUUUUUAGGUGAAUUGUGGAAACGCAAAAUGUUUAUGCAGAUGGAUUUUCUUCUUUCAUAUCUUUUUGUCCGUAUAAUGUAGUCAUUAAGCUAUAGAAUUUGCAUUCUAGUUGUAAUCCUAUGUAGAUAGCGCUUGAACAAUCAAAUAUUUAUAUUCGUAAGAAAAUGAUAUUUCUCUUUUCAUUUA